AUUUCAAGUGAUGAAUGGAUCACAUGUUUUGUCUGAAUGUUUGGCAAACGUUUGAAACAAUCAGUGAUUGAAUUAAUUUAUUGAAUAUUUUUAGCAAUGAUUUAAAUAAUUAAAGAAAACAAAUGGAUAAUAAUAAUAGACAAGAGAUUGAGACCAAUUUAGGUGACAAUGGGGUGCAAAUUAGUGGUAGUGAUGGCGUACCAACCAUUAUGAAUAUAAAUGACAAUAAGGCGGGAAUGACAGGUCUGGACACGGAUCGGAUCAAUAAGAUUAUACACGAGUGGAGCAAUGGAUCCCAUUUUCACUCAUUUCAAACACGAAGACAACAACGUAUCGAUGGCCACAUCAAUGAUAUGAAAAAACAUUUGUCAACAAUAACUGUAUGGCAACGACAACAAUGUCUUAAAGAAGCAGACGUUUAUGUGAAGAAUAUUGAAUCUGAACGAGACAUGAGUCGUAUCAUUGGUCUCAUAGAUUUGGAUAUGUUUUUCGCCGCCGUUGAGAUCAAAUACAAUCCACUUCUCAAAGAUAAACCCAUUGCUGUGGGAAGUGAACAGAUGUUGGGAACCAGUAAUUACAUCGCAAGAAAAUAUGGCAUUAGACCUGGAAUGCCCGGAGCUCUUGCUAAGCGUUUGUGUCCACAAUUGAUAAUAAUUAAAGGCAACUAUUCAUCGUAUUCUGUGGAAAGCAAAGCAGUGAUGAAAAUAAUCAGUGAAUUUGAUCCAAAUUAUAUGAAAAUGAGUUUAGAUGAGGCAUACAUUGAUUUAACUGAAUAUGUGAUUGAUAUUUACUGUCAACAAAAUGUAAACUUUGAUAGAUAUUGUUUGAAAGACUGUCGCCAAUUACCAGAUGACAUAUGGGAUACGGCAUCUCUAGUGAUGUCAAAAAUUAGACAAAGAAUCUUAGAUGAAACACAAUUGAGUGCCAGCGCUGGUAUUGCUUGCAAUAAAAUGAUUGCCAAAGUUUGUUCUGAUAUUAACAAACCUAAUGGACAGCAUAUGGUUCGCGGCAAUAGACAAGAAAUUGAAGAGUUCUUAGUCGACACUCCUAUUAGAAAAGUUUGUGGUAUCGGACCAGUUAGUGGACAAUAUUUGACAGCACUUGAUAUCAAAACUUGCAAAGACUUGUAUCACAAACGAGAUAUUAUACGGUUUGCUUUAAGUCAACAUAACUCUGAUUAUUACUUGAGAGUCGGUUUAGGAAUUGGCAGUCAUAUAAUCAGUGGCGACAAUGAACCUCAAAAAAGUAUGAGUUGUGAGCGCACUGUACGAGAGAUUAGCUCUUUUGAUGCCAUAUCUGAUUUGAUGAAAGAGUUGAGUGAAGAUUUGGCGUCAGAUCUCAUUAAGCGAAAUCAGAGCUGUAAAACAAUUACUAUUAAAUUAAAGAAAAUUACUUUUGAAGUAACACUUAAAUCACAUACACUUCCUUAUUAUACAUGUGAUUCAGAAACUAUUCUUAAUGUGGCAAAGAAUCUGUUGGAAACAGAACUGAGUAAUACUUCAGCAAAUUGUCGCAAAUAUAGACUAAUUGGACUCAAAGUGUCAAAUCUUAAGUCAGAUGAUUGCGACAAAAGAUCCACAUCUCAGAUGACUUUAUCACAAAUUUUUAAAGCUUUAAAAAGCAAUAAAAACACAGAAACAAAAGUGAUUAAUUCAAAUGAAACCACCGGUGAUAAUGAAUUAACAUUCAAUGACAUAAAUGGUGAUAAUGAAGACAUUUAUACAAAUGGAUUAGAUAAUGAUUUAAAUUGUAUUUCAAAUGUAUUUGAGUGUUCCGUUUGUUUUCAAGAAUUUCAUGAUAAAGAAAAUCUUGAAAUGCAUGAAAACGAUUGUAUCGAUAAAAUACUUAACAUUACAAUUGAUAAAUCAAAUGUAAGUGAGACUCAAAAUGAUGAAAAAGAUGACAAAAAUGAUAACAACGAUGUCGAAGAAUUGUGGCCAACGCUCAACAUUGAUAACAAUGACAGCAAUAAGUCUUACUUAUGUCCCAUAUGUGCGAAUCAAUUGUCAUUUAAAGAUAACGUUGAGCUCAAUGCACACAUUGAUGUUUGUCUUAACAAAAAUAUGUGUUUAGAGUUAACUAAAGUACCCACUCGUGCCUCCACUUCUAAUUCAACGCCCAAACCGGUUAAGACAACUAAACGGAUGCACAGCUCGGAUACAAAACUGAACACAAAAAAUAGUCGAAAUUCUGAGUCAAACAAUAAGAAAGUAGAGUCAAAAAAGUUGCAAAAAACUAUCGAUUAUUUCUUUCAUUCGCAAUAA